CGCCCCCCACCCCCCACCCCCUCCCCCCCUCGCUUCAUCUUCCCUUCUCCGCCUCCUCGCUCGUCGAUCGCACCGUCCAUCGCUGCUUUCUCUCCCUUCGAUCCCCUCCUUCCUUCCUUCCUUUGAACCCAGGCGAAUCUGUGUCUCUGACUUUUAGUAUUAGUAUUAGGUAGGUGCGUUGUGUAGAUUGAUAGAUCACUUGUGGCUGGGAUCGCCGCCGGCGGAUUCAUGAGGAUGAGGGGCGGCGGCGGAGGUGAGUUGGAGUCCGGUUAGGUGGUCAGCCCUUUUGUAGCAGAGAUAGUAUAAUCUAUUCUCUCUUCUUCAUCCCCCUUCUUGGGUUUGUUGUCUUAUGGGGCAUAAGAAGCGAAACCCUACCCAGCGCCCCGCCCGCCAUCCCCCCGACGCCACCGCCACCGCCACCGCCGCCGCUGUCGAUGCGUUAUCGUCUCCACCCUCCCUGGCCUCCGAUGAUGGGCGCCGCCGCCCCGAUGGCCCUGAUUCCGCCGAGGCGGCCUCUGUGAAGGUGGAAUGUGAGCGGGCGCUCACGGCCCUUCGCCGCGGGAACCACACCAAGGCCCUCCGCCUGAUGAAGGAGGCGGCCGCGCGGCAUGAGUCUUCUGCUCUUCUUCACCGCGUCCACGGCACCGUCGCUGUCAAGGUCGCCGCCCUCCUCGAUGAUCCCGGCGCGAAGCUCCGGCACCUCCGCGCUGCCAUCGACUCCGCCCGUCGCGCCGUCACGCUCUCCCCGUCGUCGAUCGAGUUCGCACACUUCUACGCUAGCCUCCUGUACGACGCCGCCACAGACGGGCGUGGCUACGAGGAGGUGGUCCAGGAGUGCGAGCGCGCGCUUGCCAUCCCUGAUCCGGUCGACCCCGCCAAGGAGAGCCUCCACGAGGAGAGCCAGCAGAAGCUGUCGACGUCCGAUGCCCGGAUCACCCACGUUCAGCAGGAGCUCCGGGCUCUCAUCCAGAAGUCCAACAUAGCCUCCAUCUCGUCCUGGAUGAAGAAUCUCGGCAACGGGGCCGCCGGCGAGGAGAGGUUCCGGCUGAUCCCGAUGCGCCGCAUCUCUGAGGAUCCCAUGGAAGUCCGGUUGGUGCAGGCGGCCCGCCGCCCCAAUGAGAUCAAGAAGGUCACCAAGACCCCGGAGGAGCGCCGCAAGGAGAUCGAGGUCCGGGUGGCUGCCGCUCGCAUCAUACAGCAAAAGCCUGGUAGCUCCCCACGGUCACCCCAUGAGGAUGAUGGCCGCCCAGGCUCGGAUACACCUGGGUCCUCCAGCGCUCACCGGCUAGCAGAGCGCCGGAAGCUGAGCUCCAAGAAGGUUGGUUCCUCGACCGACCGCAUGGAUCAGGUCCGUGCCUACUGGAACUCGAUGAGCAUCAAGAAGCGGCUAGGUUUCCUAAUUGUGAGCAUCCCAGAGCUCAGGACGCAUUAUGCCUCAACAGCAAAGGACAAUUUCGCGCUGGACAUCUUGGGGGAGGCACUGGCGUUCGUGGAAACCAAUGGGACAUGGAAGUUCUGGGCUUGUUGCCGGUGCGAUGAGAAGUUCACGGAAUGUGACGCCCACAUCCAGCACACUGUGAGGGAGCAUUUGAGCAGUCUUUCAACCAAGCUGCAGUCAGUAAUGCCCCAAGAAGUUGAUGGGGAAUGGAUUGAGAUGCUUCUUAAUGGGAGUUGGAAGCCCAUUGAUGCUGCUGCAGCUGCAAUGAUGCUCAAAGAGGAGCAUUCGAAGCGUCAGCCCGUCAUUAGGGACGCUGAAUCUGAUUCUGGCAGUAAGGAUAAGGACUGUUCCUCCGAGUACUGGAGCGCUAGAGAGAACUCAGAUUCUUCUUCUUCACCACAGCAUGGGGACUUAGCAGAUCGAGACAUUUCCAAUGAGUUUCCUGUGGAAGGGAACUACAGCGAGAUGUCCGACAUUGAUGAUGUCUCUCGCAGAUGGCCAUUGUCGGAUGAUGUUGAACGGAUCAAUCUUUUGGAAAGAGUUCAAGCUAUGUUUCAGACACUUGUGAAGCAUAAGAGCCUCUCAGUGAGCCAUCUGAAUAAGGUGAUACAGUAUGCCAUCGAAGAGAUCCAAGCUUUUCCCUCUGGAUCGUUACCGCUGAACCAUGCAUUGGACCAGUCACCUAUUUGUAUCUGCUUCUUGGAUGCUUCACACCUCCGGAAGGUCCUCAAGUUCUUGCAGGAGCUGUCACAGUCUUGUGGGUUAGGGAGAUAUUCCGAGAAGGAUACUGCUGCUGGUGAUGCUGAUAGUUCUGGACAGGGUAGUGAAGACUCAGAAGAUGUCUGCCUGACCUUUGAUUCUUCCAGUCUCCUCUUGCAUGGUCGUUCAUUUACACAAAAGCCUGGAUCUCAUCAUGAGAAUUCGGGAAAUGAUGAUGACAAGGAUAGUAUGCCUGAUGCAGAUGCUUUUCUGUCAUGGUUAUUUGCUGGCCCUUCGAAUGGGGACCAACUGUCAGCUUGGACCCGCAUGCGCGAAGAGAAAUCUCAUCAAGGCAUCGAAAUACUUCAGAUGCUUGAGAAGGAGUUCUAUCUCUUACAAAGUCUGUGUGAGAGGAAAUGUGAACAUCUAAGCUAUGAGGAGGCCUUGCAGUCUAUCGAGAACCUUUGCUUUGAAGAACUUAAGAAAAGGGAGCAAGCAGGGAAGUUUGCAUCUCAAAGUUAUGAGGCUACUUUAAGGAAGAGACAAGAAGAGCUUGUUGAACGGGAGAAUGAUGAGAUAUUUAAUGCCUGCAGACUUGAGUUGGAUGUAAUUUCUAACGUCCUUAAGGAGGCACAAGCUUUGAAUGUAUCACAAUUUGGUUGCGAUGAGGCUUUGUCCGGUGUUAGUUCUCGCUUGUGUGAGUUGGAUUGUGACGAGGGUGAUGAUUGGAGGGUGCAUGACUACUUGCAGCAAACAGAUACUUGCGUAGGAAUAGCAAUCCAACGACAGAAGGAGCAAUUGUCUGUCGAGCUUAACAAGAUUGAUGCAAGGAUCAUGCGAAAUAUGACUGGCAUGCAACAGUUGGAGGCUAAGCUUGGGCCUGCCUUGGCCUUUGAUUAUCGUACAGUUCUUUUGCCUCUUGUGAAGUCUUUCCUUCGGUUAUGCUUGGAAAGUUUGGUAGAUAAAGAUGCUACAGAAAAGUCUGAUGCUGCCAGAGAAGCCUUCCUAGCAGAACUUGCACUGGAUGCAAAGAAGAACAUAAAUCGAGGAAAUGAUAGUAAGCAUGCACAUGAAAAGUCAAGGGAUAAGAAAAAAAAUAGAGAUUACAGAAAAAUCAAAGAUCAGAAGGCUUUGGGCUAUAGUGAUCAAUAUUCUGAUCAUCAGGAUACUGCCGAACAAUCUGAGUUUCUUGAUGAUGGCGAUAUUUUGGAGCAUGAUUAUGUAGCAAGUGGUGAUUAUUUGAAACAACAAGAAGAGGAACUUAAACUCAGAGUGGAGCUUGAGGCCGAGGAAAGAAAACUUGAGGAGACAUUGGAGUACCAAAGGAGGAUAGAAGAUGAGGCCAAGCAGAAGCACCUUGCAGAGCAAUUAAAGAAUAGCACUGUGACUUCCCCAAACAAUAAUACAGAGGAAAGAUUUGCUGCUGAUUCAGUUUUAAAUUUGAAUUAUGACUCCAUCUUGCAUAAUUACAUUGCCCCCAAUUUUGUAGAAGGCAUAGAAUUUGGUGAUUUUCAUUUUUCUGAAGCCAAUGUGCACAAGAGUCAUCAUGACGAAAGAUUCAACCAAUCAAGAAAUAAGCCUGCUGCAGCAGACCAGCUGCUGAAUCUGGGACAGCAACAAAAUAUUGGUGACAACAGUGACAAGCUCAAUGACAUUUACAUUAGUGAGGUUCAAGAUUUUGGUCACAGCAAUGGGUUGCCAAGCAAAGGGGGCUUGCAAAUGAAUGGAAUAGAGAGACGUGUAAGCGAUACAAAAUUUUCCAAUAAUUCUAGUGUCCAAAAGGCUAAGAAGACAAGUGGCCAAUCUCAUAUGAAAUACAAGCAAGGUACAACAGGAACUAUACAUGAUGAGUUUCUGCCGUCUGAUAUGUCAAAAAGUAACCAAGUCCUAAGGCAUAGUGCCCCAAAACAGUUGCCUGAUGGGAAUGCAAGAACUUUACAUGAAGUACAGAAAGAUCAAGCUGGUGUGGCAGGAGAUAAUGAAGUGAAGACAUUGAGACAAUUGCACACUGAGGAAGAUGAUGAGCAAAGGUUCCAAGAAGAUCUCAAGAAAGCUGUGCGUGAAAGUCUUGAAUCAACAGAAGGUGAUGACUAUUGUGUUUCUGCUACUGAAAGUGGAAGCGUUUCAAGCAGAAAGGAUAUCGUUGGCACUGGCCUCAGAAAUGCUGUUGGUGAAUACAAUUGCUUUUUGAAUGUAAUAAUCCAGUCAUUGUGGCAUUUAAGACGGUUCAGAGAACAGUUCCUGAAAAUGUCGUCAGCACACGUGCAUGUUGGAAAUCCCUGUGUUGUCUGUGCACUUUAUGAUAUAUUUUUAGAUUUGAGAAAAGCAUUUGAUGAUGGACCAAAUGAUGCUGUUGCACCUACAUCUCUGAGGAUUGCUUUGAGCAACUUGUAUCCUGAUAGCAAAUUCUUUCAAGAGGCACAGAUGAAUGAUGCUUCUGAAGUUUUAGCAGUAAUCUUUGACUGCUUGCACAAGUCAUUUAAUAUUUUCUCUGGUGAUUGUGAUGUUGAAUCAUAUGAAAGUAAUUCUGUGGGAUCAUGGGAUUGUGCAAACAGUUCUUGUAUUGCACAUUCCCUGUUUGGAAUGGACAUCGAUGAACAGAUGAACUGUUACAGCUGCCAUUGUCAGACCAGACACCUGAAGUAUACUUCAUUUUUCCACAAUAUCAAUGCAAACUCUUUACGAACAGCAAAGAUUAUGUGCCCAGAAAGUUCUUUUGAUGAACUAUUGAAGACUGUUGAAAUGAAUCACCAGUUAUCUUGUGAUGUAGAGGCUGGCGGUUGUGGAAAACCAAAUUAUAUGAAUCAUAUUCUGUCUCAUCCACCACAUGUUUUCACAGCUGUUUUAGGCUGGCAAAGUACAAAUGAAAGUGCAGAUGACAUAUCUGCGACAUUGGCAGCCAUUACUACUGAUGUGGAUAUUGGCAUUCUUUACUGUGGUAUAGAUAAAGGGUGCAAGCAUUCUCUGGUUUCAGUGGUUUGUUACUAUGGGCAACAUUAUCACUGUUUUGCAUAUGAGUGCGAUCAGUGGGUCAUGUAUGAUGAUCAAACUGUCAAGGUGAUUGGUGGCUGGAAUGAUGUUCUCACCAUGUGCGAAAGGGGACACUUGCAGCCACAAGUCCUGUUUUUUGAGGCUGUGAAUUAAUUGUUCUUUAAGAAUACAACAUCAAAAUUCAUUCAUAUCAUAAAAGAAUGAUUUUCAAUGCUUUUCACGAGAGAUUAUAUGGACAAAGGGGCUAAAAAGGAUAGAUCAGGGUUCCUCUUCUUCCUACAAUCAACAGCGUUCUUAAGAUCAGUUCUACUACAAUGCUUUGACAAUGACCUGGCAGUGCUGAUUCAUCUUGGGCUCCUGCUUUGAUGAUGCCCCUAUUUGGUACCACAAGGUUGAGAAAAGCAUUUAUAAUCAUCAAGGAUCCAGGCCCAAUUUAAAAACCUUUAGCUGCAACUUUUUAUGACUUCUUUUUCGGCAGAAACAAUUGCAUUUUCCUGUUUAAAUAAGGUGGUACUGCGCAUGGGGCUAUGUGCAUCUCUCACCAUCUUUGGAGUCGUCAAAUAUGCUCACUACUUGCAGGCAAAUUUUGCAAAAUUUUGAUACAGUUUAUGAUAGGAAGAUAUUGGAUCUCUACCCGAGUUGAAGUAAGAUUGUGCAUAAUUUUUUUGCUCAACAAUUCUGGAAGUCUUUAUAGUUUGUUCAAAUUACUGUAAGAACUAUCAGAACGGUUAAUUGGUACCAGAAAAUGUAAUGAUCCAGCUUUUUCUUUCA